CCACUUUCCUUCUCAACUUCACCACAAUUCACAAUGGCUAACCCCUCCUUCGUCAUGCAAAAGGUCCUCGACGUCUCCUUCGAGGACCGGCCGAUCCCAAAACUGAUCUCACCCCGCGACGUCCGCAUCGAAAUCAAGCAGACCGGCAUCUGCGGUUCUGAUGUCCACUACUACACCCACGGCGCCAUCGGCAGCUUCAUCGUCAAGGCCCCCAUGGUCCUCGGCCACGAGUCCGCCGGGAUCGUCGCCGAAGUCGGCCCCGAGGUCACCUCCCUCAAGGUCGGCGACCGCGUCGCCCUCGAGCCCGGCGUGCCCUGCCGCUUCUGCGACCACUGCAAGGCCGGCAAGUACAACCUCUGCGCAGACAUGAAGUUCGCCGCCACGCCCCCCUACGACGGCACCCUUUGCCGCUACUACGUCCUCCCCGACGACUUCUGCGUCAAGCUCCCCGACAACGUCUCCCUCGAGGAAGGCGCGCUCGUCGAACCCCUCUCCGUCGCCGUCCACGUCACAAAGCUCGCUGACGUCCAGGUCGGCUCGACCGCAAUCAUCUUCGGCGCCGGCCCGGUCGGUCUUCUUUGCUGCGCCGUCGCAAAGGCAUUCGGCGCCACAACCGUCGUCGCCGUCGACCUCGUCCAGUCCCGUCUCGAUCUCGCGCUCGAUCUCGCGGCAACGCACUCGUACGUUCCCCAGAAAGGCGACUCCGCCGCCGACUCGGCCGCAAAGAUCAUCGCCAUGCUCGGCGGCAAGCAACCCGAUUUCGCAAUCGACGCCUCCGGCGCCGGCGCGUCUGUCAACACCGCUAUCCACGUGCUCAAGCAGGGCGGAAACUACGUCCAGGCCGGCAUGGGCGCGCCCGAGAUCUCGUUCCCGAUCACCGAGUUCACCGUCAAGGAGAUCACCGCUCGCGGCUCGUUCAGAUACGGACCUGGUGAUUACCAGCUCGCGGUCGCGCUUGUGGCGAGCGGAAAGGUCGAUGUCAAGAAGCUCAUCACGCAUCGUGUCAAGUUCGAGGAGGCAGAGGAGGCGUUCAAGCUCGUGCUCAAGGGCCAGGGCGUCAAGAUCCUCAUCGAGGGUCCUGCUGCUCCUGCUGCUUAAGCUGGGCUUUGAGUGAGGGAGAAACAAAAAUAUAUAACAUGGGGGAAGCGCAUCGCUUUAUUUAGACUUGGCCUAGAGAUCAACCGGCC